GGGCGGUGAUGAGACGGUUGGCCACAGAAGGAGCAUGGCGCUCUUGGCCGUGCGCUUGGUGCUGUUGCUUCUGGCCGGGGACUUGGCGGUCUCUUUGGACUCUUUGAGCUCUGACUUUGACCAGCCUUCAGAAUACAGAACACCAAACUGCAGUCAGUAUAAAUUACCAGGAUGUCCCAGAGACUUUAACCCCGUGUGUGGAAGCGACAUGUCCACUUAUCCCAACGAGUGUACUCUGUGUAUGAAAAUCAGGGAAGAUGGUCAUGAUAUUAAAAUAAUCCGGAGUGGACUGUGUUGAUGGAGCGGUUUAUAGAAGAGAACUCGGAGAAACCACCUUCAGCAGUAUGCUGGAUGAAUUCCAUUUCCCCUUUUCUCUUUCUUAUGUUCCUUUGCAUGGGAUUUGUUAGCCCACAUUUUCUGAGAGGAGGUGUGGAAGAGAGCUAUGUGCAGUGACUGAUAAUUAAAACAAACACAAAAAAA